AUGUCGGAGGACGUCGAUAUCCCCGGCGGGUACGCCGCCAUGCACCAGCGGCGCUCGGAGGCGUCGGGCGACCGCGGCAGGCACGUCAGGUGGGCGACCGUGCGCCCCGGGGGGGGAUCCGGCCGAACCGACGACGACGACGAAUCGAACAACGUCGAGCGCGACGAUGCCGCCGACGACGAGCGACGCGGCGCCGCGCGCGCGGGACCGUCGGGGCGACGCACGCGGGCGGAUUCCCCAGAACGCACACUGCGCCGCGGCGACGACCGCCGAGGAAGCCGCGGCGUCCCACCCGCGCCGUCGCCCGCGCGAAGGCGCGCCGCGAGCGCCCCGCGGGGCACCACCCAUCGCGGCGCGUCCAACGCGGAGCGCCAACGAGUCGCGCCGCCCGCGCCGUCCUCGCGCGACGCCGCCGUCCGCGCGGCGCUCGCCAGGCCCGUCCGCCUGAGCGCCGUCCUCCGCGACCACCCCACGUGCUUCGACCCGAACAAGAUGCGCAUCAGCGUCGUGGACAAGAGGCUGUCUUUAAUCGACGACGUGCCGCCCGCGUACAAAUCCACGCAGCGACUGUACAUGUCCCACAACAACGUCAAACACCUCGCGGGUUUAGCGCAGUUUCGCGAGUUACGACUGCUGAGCGCGGGAGAUAACCCGGUAGACGACAUCCCGCAGCUCGACGCGUUGGCGCGAGGAUGCCCGCACCUGGAGGCGCUGUCGCUGGAACUCGCGCCGGUGGCUAAACUCCCGUUUUACCGAGCGCACGUUCUCGCGAGGCUUCCCCAGCUCAAGUCCUUGGACGGCGUCGUCGUGACCGCACACGAGGCGGCCCAGGCCCCUCGGCUCGUGCGUAAAGACGUCGGGCACCUCGAGAUGUUGAUGAACGCGGCGGUGACGGCGGAUAAGCUGCGACGCGUGUAUCGCCUCGCCAAGGUGCACGAGGAGCUCACCAAAGUCGUGUACGCGCCCGACGGGCCGGUGGAGCCGUGCUCGCUCCCCGGCCCGAACGAGGGAACCGCGCCGCUGGACCCGAGGCUGUACCUGCGCCUGUGCGCCCCCGAGCGGACGAUGACGAGCGGGGAACUCGCGGCGCUGGCCAGGCGGCUGCGCGGCGCCGCCGCCGCCGAGGCUCCGACGGCGCGGCGAACGCAGAGGGAGGAAAGGGACGCUCGCCAAUCGUCGUCUCUUCCCUCGGUGGACGAGUCCGCGGUGUGGGAGGCGUCGUACGCGGCGGUGAUGCGCAGGGAGCAGAGGGACACCGCCGCGCUGUUGGCGUUUCUCGACGAUGCACGCGCGGGGAAGCUCGAGGCGCGGCGGGGCGGCGAGGCGGACCCCUUCGGCGCCGCGCUGCGGUUUGGGUACGAGGCGGCGCGGGCGAGAGAGGCGGAGAUGCGAUCGGACAGGGAGGCGGCGGUGGCGGUGCUCGUCGACGAGAGCGCGGAGAGGGACCGGCGCGUGUUCGGGGAGGCGCUCAGGCGCGAGACACGGUUCAACGGCGCGACGAAGGUUCGCGUGACGUCCGAGGAGGACGGAGACGACGGGGACUGGGUUCCGAGGGGAAGUCGAAACUACCGAGACGAAGACGAGGAGGGGGAUCGUGAUGACGCGGACGUCGUUCGACCGCCGACGCCGAGGUCGCGCGCGCCGAGGGAACCCGCCGCGAGAACGCGCGCGACGACGCGCCCCGACGACGACGACGACGAGGAGGAGGAGGAGGAGGACCUUUUUGGGGAUGACGACGAGGAGGAGGACCGGUUUGUCGGUUCGCGCCGAAGGGUUAACGAUUGGGCGCGAGGCUUCGACGUGCGCCUCGACCGCGCCGGGAACGCGUCCGCAGUUCGACUCGGCGGCGUUGACGACUCGAGGACCGAGUCAAGGACGACGAUACCGACGACGACGACGCGCGCACGAAGGGUUCCGUGGGGGCACGGGCCGGGCACCGCGGGCGAGGAGGCUCGAGCGAAAAGAGCCGCGUCCGCGCGAGUGGGUGGUUUAACGGGUCCGACGGGUCCAACGUCGACUCGGGCGCCCCCCCGGCGGUCGCGGUCCGCGUCACCGGCUCGAGGACCCAACGACCCACCCCCCGUCCGUGCUCGAGCAAACCCUAACCCUAACCCUAAACCCUCGGGUAAGGUGUACGAGAUGCUCUCCCGCGAGGUUGACGCGUUGCGCGACGCUCUCGAGUCGCAGCUGGGUUCUGAGGCGGAGAUACUGUCCAUCAACGACGAGCUCCGGCGGCGGUGCGAGGGCGCGGAGCAGGCGACGGAACGGGCGGAGCGCGAACGUGAACGCGCGGUACGAUCGCACUCCGACGCGAUGGCCCGGGUGGUGAACGAGCUGCGGGAGGCGAGGGAGCUGGCGGAGUCGCUCGCCAACGCGCUCGAGCGGGAACGCGAGGAUCGCGCGAACGAGUCGAGGGCAAAGGAAGAGGAGCGUCAACGGUCCGAGGAGGUUCUCCGUCGCAAGGCUGGCCAGAUGUCGGAGCGAGCGGCGGCGCUGGAUCGCGAGCUCGCCGCGACGCGUUCGGAGCUCGACGACGUCCGCGGCUCGCUCACGACGCACUUACUGUCGGAGGAGAGGAGGGUCGGGGCCGACGCGUUGCGCUCGAGGUACGCCGCGAAGCGUAGCCUCCGCCGGUGGCUGUCACACGCGGUCGUGGCCAAACACGGCCGCGUCCUGCGACUCGCGUGCUUCCGCAGGGCGGGCGCGUUCGCCUUACUCACCUGGUCCUUACGCGUGCGCACCCAGCGCCGGGCGCGUGCCAUGUUGGCCCGGUGGUACAAGAAGGGCGCGAUCGCGGCGAUUCGGGCGUGGCGGCUCGCCGCGCUCGUCGCCGCCGUCGGCGCGUGCCUGCGCCGGCGUCGCGCGCUGCGUCGGUGGUUCGCGAACGCGGGGGUGCACAAGGCGACGCGGCUGCGGGAGGAGGAAGAGGCGGCGCGAGCCGAGCUGGAGCGAUUGGAGGAGGAGGCGCGGGUCCAAGCCGAGCGAGCGGAGGAGGAGGCGCGGGUCGAAGCCGAGCGAGCGGAGCAUAAGAAGAACCUGGGCGACUACGCCGACGCGGUGCUCGCGGCGUCGUCUCCCGCCCUUCGCAACGCGCGUAAGCUCGCGACGUUGCACAAGUCGCUGUCGACGUGGCGCAUCGCGCUGAUCCGGUCGCAGCGCGCCAGGCUCGACGACCUCGCCGGGACGUGCGACGAUCUCGCCCGCGCCGCCGAAAACGCCGCCGCCGCCGCCGCCGGCGUCGAGCACAGAAACACGGAGCUCGGGGACGCCGCCGAGGCUUUGCGCGAACGGAUAAUCGUCGCGGAGCAGCGCGCGGAGGAGUUUGAGCGCGCGGCGUCCGUCGAAUCCGCCGAACGCAAGGCUAUGGAGGAGGAGCUCGAGAGGCAACGGGACCGCGCCAGCCGCGCGGAGGAGCGCGCCGCCGGCGCGGGCGCCGCCGCGGCGAUGGAGACCCGAAGCGCGGAGGCUGCCGCGGUGGCGGCGACGGGCGAGGCGGCGUCGUGGCGCGCGGCGGCGGAGGUGGGUGAGCGCGCGAUCAUCGCCGCGGCGGAGGCGCUGCAGGAGUGGGCCGAGGAGAUUGAGCGGGAGGCGGCUCGAACUGCGAGAUCGCCGAGGAAAGGGGGACUCGUCGGAUCGGGAACGCCGGGGCCCGGCGCUCGGGGCACGCCGCCGAGGAUGUCCCCGAAGAAGCUCGCGCUCCUCGCGUCGCCGCUCGGCUCCUCGCUCAAAUCCCCGCACUCCAUGUCGCCGUCCAAUCCCGUCGCGUUUCUGCGCAGGGUGGACGGCUCGCCGGGGUUAGCCCCGGAGGAUGAAGCGAGGCUUCACUCCAGGCUGGAGCACCUCCCGGUACGGGCGCGGGGCCUGCACGAGACCUUACGGGGCGCCAUCAGGGAGGCGAGGGCGCUGCGGGAGGAGGCUGCGGCGAAGAGCCGGGGCGAUGCGGGGGAGAAGCCGAGUCUCACGCCGGUGCGAGAGGCCCAGGAAAGCGGCGAGGAAAAGUGA